GUUUAUGACACAGUCAGCGGGAGGUCUGACGCCGCGGACGAGACAGCCUGAGAGAGAGCCGCCUGGUUCAUCCCCGUGGAAACCACGCGUGCCUGGGAGCCGGCAGCCCUUCCACUCGGCUGUGCGGUUUCCUUUGUGGCUCCGAGAGCCGCUUCUGAAUGAAUGAUGCGUCAACGCGUGCCUCCCUGAGGCCAGCCGCCGGGGAGGGGUAACCCUGCGGAGCACGCAGGGCGGCGGGGGGAGGGAGGGCAGAGGAAGCCGAUGGGGACCUGGGCACCUCGCCGUGCUGCAGCUGGCUCGACCCUUACAUGCAGUUUUUGAAAUCGGCAAAACAGAAAUCAAAUUGCUAUCGCGUUAUGAGGGUGGAGGCUCAAGGAGAAGGGACCGGAUGCCACCAGCUUAACUGCCAGGAGAGAUGGGGCAACUCACGGAGCCGCGGCGGCGUGUGCCGGAGGUGCGGAGCCUGAACACCACCGUAAGUUCCCGGAGUCUCACGCUCUGUGUUACUGCUGUGUAAUUUUCUUGCUGGCUUGCAGUCGUGCUGGGUUGAAAUGUAAUCAUUUCACAAGGAGAAUUUCUAGUGUGGAAAGUUGUUAAUCUUGGCUUAAGACUCUUUUUUUUUUUUUUUUUUUUUUUUUGCCUUUCAUUAACUAAGCAACAUAAUACGAGCUGAAAUUCCUGACAGCAGCUGUGGCGAUUUAGCCUCAGACAGAACUAUAACCCAAAGUACAUUCAAUUACUAUGGGAUUAACGCUGGAUGUAUUUUUAAUUGACUUUCUUAAUGUAGAAGGCAUGCUGCCCCGCUGGUUUGGAUUGCAUGCUAUUUUAAUCCUGCUGUGGCUAACCUAGUGGGAGCCGCGUAACCAACAGAAUGACAUAGAGAUGAAGGAGAUUCCUGGUAGUUACAAACUUUUCUUUUUUGGCCAGGAACACAUUUUUCUCCCCCCGAACGCUCAAAACUCGGCAACCUCUAUGCUAAAAGUUCAUUCUGCUUUUUUUUUUUCUUUUUGACCUUGCUUUGGAGAAAGCAAUGAAACGAAACAGAGGACUCUACUGAAAUUGUGAAGGAAGGACACCCAAAUUGUCACUGCGGUCCUUUAACUCUAUGGCAACCAUGGGAGGAAAAGAGCCAGCCCACGGAGCCCCGCAGGUCCCCCGGCCUCAGGGUGACCGAGCGUGGGGACGUGGAAAUGGAUGGUGAGCGUAGCCUAUGCCUCCUUAGUUUUUCUACACUUCGCCUGCCUCAAGUUCCAGCUGAGCCAUGGAUUUUCUCUGUGAAGAAAACACUUCUCUGAGCUCGAGCACGAACCCCUUCCUGCAACCGAAUGACGGCACGGGGCUCCACCGUGACAGCUGUCACUCCGGGGACGCGAACGCCUCGGAUGCCUUUAACUGGACGGUGGACUCGGGAAACCGCACCAACCUCUCCUGCCAGGGCUGCCUCUCGCCGCCCUGCCUGCUCCUCCAGCUGCAGGAGAAAAACUGGUCCGCCCUGCUGACGGCCGUGGUGAUCGUCCUCACCAUCGCGGGCAACAUACUCGUCAUCAUGGCUGUGUCCCUAGAGAAAAAGCUGCAGAACGCCACCAACUACUUCCUGAUGUCCCUUGCCAUAGCUGACAUGCUGCUGGGUUUCCUUGUCAUGCCUGUGUCCAUGCUAACCAUCCUGUAUGGUUACCGGUGGCCGCUGCCCAGCAAGCUCUGCGCGGUGUGGAUUUACCUGGACGUGCUCUUCUCCACGGCCUCCAUCAUGCACCUCUGCGCCAUCUCGCUGGACCGCUACGUGGCCAUCCAGAACCCCAUCCACCACAGCCGCUUCAAUUCCAGGACGAAGGCAUUCCUGAAGAUCAUCGCUGUUUGGACCAUAUCCGUAGGUAUCUCCAUGCCGAUACCCGUCUUCGGGCUUCAGGACGAUUCCAAGGUCUUUAAAGAAGGGAGCUGCCUCCUCGCCGACGAUAACUUUGUCCUGAUCGGCUCCUUCGUCUCGUUUUUCAUCCCCUUAACCAUCAUGGUAAUCACCUACUUUCUAACGAUCAGGUCGCUGCAGAAGGAAGCCACUCUGUGCCUGAGUGACCCGGGCGCACGCGCCAAGCUGCCUUCGUUCAGCUUCCUGCCGCAGAGCUCGCUGUCGUCCGAGAAGCUCUUCCAGCGGUCCACGCAGCGGGAGCCCGGGGGCGCCCACGGCCGGAGGACGAUGCAGUCCAUCAGCAACGAGCAGAAGGCCUGCAAGGUGCUGGGCAUCGUCUUCUUCCUCUUCGUGGUCAUGUGGUGCCCCUUCUUCAUCACCAACAUCAUGGCCGUCAUGUGCAAGGAGUCGUGCAACGAGCGCGUCCUCGCCGCCCUGCUCAACGUGUUCGUGUGGAUCGGGUACCUGUCCUCGGCGGUGAACCCGCUGGUGUACACGCUGUUCAACAAGACCUACCGCUCGGCCUUCUCGCGCUACAUUCAGUGCCAGUACAAGGAGAACAAAAAACCCUUGCAGCUGAUUUUGGUGAACACCAUCCCGGCCUUGGCCUACAAAUCGAGCCAGCUCCAGAGGGGGCGGAGAAACAGCUCCAAGAAAGACCCCAAGACCACCGAGAAUGACUGCACCACCAUGGUCCCUCUGGGACAGCAGAACGCGGAGGCUGCCCCCACGGACGGUGCCGGCACAGUGAACGAGAAGGUGAGCUGUGUGUGACGGGCCCGUUGCCGUGGCAACCGUGGAGGGCCCUCCGAACGGAUUUCCACCUACCAGGGGAAGAAGAGAAGGAACGAUUACAGGGAGACUGGAAGAAAAAACUGAGGCAGGUUUCUCGUGACACCGGCAGUCAUAUCCGGAUGCCUGGUUGUCUUCCGUGCGUGGAAAGCAGGGCCCGGUGCCGGAAACCGUGCACUUCAAACAUGUUCCGACAGCGUGUCGACUGUGAGCUUUAUGACACUUCUUUUUAACAUUGUAAAUGAUAGGCCUUUAAAAUAAUUAGCUUUUGUUGUACGAUCAUAACGAGGCCACACAUAAGUCUAAAACAAGUUCUAUUUUCCAGCCGAAGCCUGGCUAUGAUUAUGUUGUUAACGGGUGGCGAUGAGUGGGUCACCCACCGCUGUACAUAAAAAUAGCUAGCAAUAGUGAAAAGUCGGCGAAUGCAAUGGCCUCUUAAAGAACAAUUCUCUUUACACAUUUACCAUGGUAUGCAUUUAGAACAACAACAAAAAUAACUGUCUAAGAGCAGUGUUAUAAAGUCGGUCUUGCUGAGAUAACUAAGUUAAUACUUGACAGCUUUCCCAUUCCGGCCUUUUCCCGGAGGCCCCUUCGAGACAUUCGCAAAGGCGCUGGCCUCCGCUGCCUUUCAGGUCCACGCUCCUCAGAAGUGGGAAAGGUUUUAACGGUCGUUUCAGAACUAUCGCUGCUUUCUCUCCUGCUACCUGUGCUUUUACUCUCAAGUUCAAAGGCGGUCUUGUUUACUGUUUGUCCUAGUAGCUACCCUAUCAAAGGGAUAAUCUCGCAUCCCCAAAUACAUUUCUAGAAACGGCUUCUCCUACACAGCACCACAGAGGCGCCAGGUACCUUGCCCUUUACGAGGGCAUCGUGCGGGCGCUCCUUGCGCAUCGAGGUCCCUGUGCCGGCACCGAGGAGUAAACUCGGGGUUUGGGCUACUGACAAGCAAUAGAGUCUUAGAGCAUCUCUGAGCUGCAGACGGCUUUCCUGUGGGCACCCGCCAAUCAGGUAAACCGAUGCUUUCGGAACAGCCAAUCCGGGUUACUUCCUGUUGCCUUUGGGUUCACAGUGCUCCACGGAGUGUACACUGUCUAUGAGGACAAGUCCUAGGUGCUCAGGAUAUACAAAUACUUAAAGUUAGAUAUUUGCCCUUAAAGAAAAGGACUUAAUUGGAAUGGUCCUUGGCAACAAUAAAAACAGACAUAGUGUGAGAAUCAAUUCAAGUUAUUUCUCUCUGACCUGGUUCAGAGAGCGGUGUGUUUCUAGAGAUGAGGGUGGUUUUCUCAAUGCGUUUCCUGGUUAAUUGCCCAUGAAUACCAACCAAACACAGGAGAGGAAAAAUAUCACUUGAAGUCAAAGUUUGCCAUUAGUUUAGAAAUACACACUUCACCCUGGACCCAACCUGUGACCGCCAAAGUUUUAAGGAAACUUUUUGCUCCACUUCCCCCAAAACUAACUCAUUUAGGACCCACUAACACUGGACUCCCUAAUUAAAAAAACAAAAACAAAAACAGUGAUAUCAUGUUUUCUGUUGAAUGAGAAAUAGUUUUUUACUCUACACCACUUGAAAAAAAUCAAACAACUAAAAACUGAGAAACACGGGAGGUGCCCCUGGGUAACGUGGAAAAGCGUGAGGGUUACACUAAUUGUGCCCUUACAGACUCACUGGCAGGCGUUUAUUGCAAUGCUGGAAUUUAGGGCGAGCCCCUCGUGUUGAGGCUGCAUCCGGUCUGAAUUACUUUAAUGAUUGCACCCGACUAAAUGAUAAAGACACAAGUGUU